GUGAAACCGCACUGGGCGCCCCGCCGGCCGAACUGGCUCAGUGGCUUCAACUUUUUGUCCCGCCGUGGGAAGAAAAACUGAUAUUUCACAUCGCAUCCCGCACCCAGCGCCGCAAGGAGGUCCUGGAAUAUUAAAUAAACAUCUCUUUGGUGAUCAUUCUAUUGAUAUCUCCUGGUGGCUAUCUAUCUUCACCAUGUCCCCUGCUGCCUCUUCCACCGGCACUGCUGUUCUGCAAGCCCAGUACAGUUCCCCGCAUCCACCCACUUCCCAUACAUUCCAGCAUCACCUCUCCUCGACACUCAACGUCUCAGCUGCGCCAGAGGAGAAUGUCAAGACCAAAACGGAAUAUCUAUCGGAACUUAAAGGCCUUGUGACCAAGCUGCAGGGAGAGAUCAAUGUUUUCUUGACGGAGCGAAUGGAGGAAGACAAGAAAGCUGCGGAAGCGCAGGGCAAGAAAGAAUCGGAAAAGGAGGCCAAGGAGGAAGAGAACUAUGGAGAAGAGGUCGUUGAGGACGAAUAGACGUCUGCCGUCGCACCUUUUGCUUGCACGUUUGUGAUUCGCAGGAAUUGGCCGGCUUGAUGGACCAGUUCGAUUUCACUAUGUCAUCGCUAUCUGGGGUAUCUAUUCAUGCAGGAAGCAGACCACCAUCGCAUGCUGGGGAAAUCCACGAAACGACCCGGAACAAAACAUC